AGAAGUGACAUUCGACGAAGAACCCUUCGUGUCGACAGAUGGCCCCCCUGUCACAGCGAGACGUCAGCAACAGUGAUUGUGUUCGAACAACACGAACAUCGAACGGUGACAUUAAUUUCUCUCGAUGCGAUACGAUGAAGCAAAACGAAGAUCGACAACGUUGUCGCGUACCUCGUUGGUGGAGUUCUCUCGCGAUGUACCGUCCACGAAGACACCGGUUGCCACGCGUUUUCCUUCACAUCGUCGUGGCCCUGUUGUUGUUGUUGUUGACAGUCAGUGCGCACACGCAGCGGGAAAUCGACGGACCAAUGGAGAACGAGCCGCGAAAGAGCGUGGAAUCCAAAUCGAAACUCGACGAGGAACUAUUUAAAAGACUAUUCGCCCAACGGCGCAAGGAUCACAUACAAGCUGUGCACGCUCUUCUAAAGAUGGACAACUACGAGCGUCUAUACAAGAUGAUUGCGAUGUUGGCCGAGAAAGUGGUAGAGGUAAUCGAAUCCAGCAAGAGCGUCAUCGAGAAGGCUGCUUUCGUGCCGAACAACAGUUCUUUCCCGGAAGACACUAACGUUAAAGAAGCAUUGUCCAAUAUUCUGGAGAACACCGCGCUCUUCGGAGAUAUCAUCCUGCACCUACCGGAUAUCUCUCACAGAAUACUGAAGGCGCAGCAGAGCUUAAACUCUACGAUACAUUGGUCCCUGAAUUUCGCCAAUCGGACUCGCUACUUGCUAGACAAAUCGACCAUCACGAUGAUCCACUUGGUUGAACAGGAGCUGAAUAUCACGGAACGGGAUCCAAACUAUUUUAAUCGGUACAGGUCUGCCGCUCACGUUGACGAGCGCGAGGAUGACUCGAAGGCGACGACGGCGACGAAGAAAAAGAAGAAGCAGUCCGCGAAGAGGGACAAGCGCAAAAAGGGCCCACAGAUCGCUAAAAUCGAGUUGUGAGCGACAAGUCGCCCUCGACGAGAAAUUCCUCCGACCGGUUCCUGAAUCGCCUCGUUAAGAAGUGAGCUCUUAGAAUCCUAAGGCAACCAACGGCCUAUUGAUGGCUCUCGUCGCUAUGAAGAUUCCACGUUUCGCUUUGUACUCUUUGGAGUUAGAGUAACAGCAACGGGCUUCCGAACGACGACGUAUCUCGAUGAUUUCUAUUGAAAACUUUCUAUUAAGUUUCUUAGAAUUAUUUAACAUCGUGCGUAGAAAAGAGACAACUUCGUUAAUGUAACUGAAUUUUUAUUACUUGGGGACCAAACGAAAACUCGGUUGUAGGGACAGAAAGAUACUUCCUGUAGGAAAUUUCUACUUAGCCAAUUGCUAAUUCCAGUUAUCUCAAUCGAGUUUUAAUGCAAUUGAAUAUUCAGACGAAUAUUUUCGUCUGCACGCAGUAACAGAGAUAUUAUUUCUCGUCAGCAAGUUUUUCGUCUAGUCUCCAUUCAAUUACACGAACUGAAAUCGUUUUUUCCAUGUGCGCAUUUAGCACGAUAAGCAUUUGCAAUUACAUUAUGCUAUACCAUUAUGUCAUUAAGUAAUGAAAAUCGCUAUACAUAUCGCAGCUCGAAGAGGCCUCUUAAAAUCGCGUAAGCAUAAUAAAAACAUCGUACCGUCCACA